AUAUCCACAUUUCUUUUGACGAAUUCUCAACUAACGUCCCGUCCAAUUUUCACCUUUCUCUCACCCGCAGAAAAGCGAUCGUGGUUGUACCGGAAGCUUAACACCGGCGGAAUCAACCGGGACGAUCCGGACAACCCCAUCGACAACAAGGAGCACUUGCUGAUGAAGUUCUUCCGCGACACGGUGGCCAGCAUCCUGAACAAGGGCUGGAUCAAGGCGCUCAUCAUUGUGGUCUUUGCGGCCUACCUGGGCGGAGCCUGCUUCGGACUGACCAAGAUCAAGGAGGGCCUCGAGCGGCGCAAACUGUCCAAGGCGGACUCGUACUCGGUGAAGUUCUUCGACCUGGAAGACGACUACUAUCGGGAGUUCCCCUACCGGAUACAGGUGAUCAUAACUGGCAAUUUGAACUACUCCGACCCGGACACGCAGAUGCAGAUCGAAGAUUUGAUGCAGUCGCUGGAGAAUACGUCGUACAUCAGCUCGCCGCUGUACAGCGAAUCGUGGCUGCGAUCGUUCGUUGCGUACGUUGACCGGAACAAUGACUACUUGAACCUGACGCUGGACACCGAAGAGGAUUUCAUCAAGGCGUUGAAGGAUAUCUGGCUGUUCCCAGCGAAUCCCUUUUCACUGGACGUGAAAUUCAGCGACGAUGGUAAACGGAUCGAGGCUUCGCGUUUCAUGAUACAGGCCGUGAACAUCACCGACACCAAUCACGAGAAGGUCAUGGUGAAGGAUCUGCGGGCAAUUUGCAAGGCAUCGCCGCUGAAUGCGACCGUGUUCCAUCCGUACUUUGUGUUCUUCGAUCAGUUCGAGCUGGUGCGUCCGACGUCGAUCCAGUCGAUGGUGGUCGGAGCACUGAUCAUGAUGUUGAUAUCGUUCAUCUUUAUACCGAAUUUCCUGUGCUCGCUGUGGGUUGCGUUCUCGAUCGUUAGUAUUGAGCUGGGAGUGGCUGGAUAUAUGAGCCUUUGGGACGUCAAUCUGGAUUCGAUUUCGAUGAUCAACCUGAUUAUGUGCAUUGGAUUUUCGGUAGACUUCACAGCGCACAUUUGCUACACGUAUAUGUCGAGCAAAAAGCGAACGCCCGAUGAGAGGGUAAGAGAGGCGUUGUACGGAUUGGGAAUGCCGAUCAUGCAGGGAAGUAUCAGUACGAUCUUGGGUGUGAUCGCGUUAUUGCUCGCAGACAGCUAUAUCUUCUUGGUGUUCUUCAAAAUGGUGUUCCUGGUGAUCUUCUUUGGUGCAAUGCAUGGAUUGUUUUUGCUGCCGGUGCUGCUGUCUUUGUUUGGACCAGGAUCGUGUAGUUCGUAUCCAGAAGACGAACUUAAGAUGUCUUCUGUUGAGAAGUCGUAUCCACACCCGUACUGCAUUUCGCAUCCCCAAUUGGCUUUGACAGGAGCGUUUGGAAGCAAGACCUUUCUAGGGGCUCCCUACAAGGCGUACGGCGAUGAGAAGGAUCUAGGGCUUGGAACAUCUGGGGAAGACUCUAGCGAAAGUUCAAGCAGCAAAUCGCAGCGAAGACAAGCGAUCGAAGAUGAGAAUACCAGAAGACGUUACGAGGAAGGUUGGCGUAGAUCUUCGCAUAACCUGACCGGGCAAAGUCAAUUCCAACCGGUGCUAGACCUAUACGGGCAGGAUGCCGUGUGGACUAAACCAGCAGGCAAACUACCGUUGAAGAUCGGAUCCAGUCGAUAUGGAUACGACGACAUGCUGAACAUUGCUCAAGGUCAAACGGCGACGAAGAAGAAAUUCGAUUUUGACCCCGAUCGUGAGCGCGAUCGCAGGAAGUCGGAGGAGAACCGACCGCGCAAAGCUCGCUACGAAGAUAACCGAACGUUCGAGGACGAUGAAACUAUGGAGGAGGAGUAUCAGCACACGAACCGGUACUACAUGUACGAUACCAGCCACGUGAAGCGUCUGUCCAACGAUAGCCACAACAGUGGCAGUGAUAGCAAUAAUAGCAACAAUCGACGAAAGUAUUCCGACGAGAGUGAUAAGGACAAGCAUCGACGAUACAGCGAUGAGCGUCGACCCAGGAAAUUCACCCCACCGGAGGGAAUCUACAAGCAGAACCCCCAUCGUUCGUCCUCGCAGCACAAUCUGUACUAUCCUAGACAACCACCACAGCGGACUUCCUCCCAGAGCAGUCUGCACCAGCUGCGGCAUAUGGGCGACAUGAGAUUUCCUUGAACGCUAGGCCCCGGAGAGCCUGAGCUGUGUAUUAUGUGUAUUUGUGUAAACAACCGGUAGCAGCGGGUGGAUUUGUGUUUAGCAACCUAGAACUUUAAGUAGGCAAAUCAAUGAUUCUGGAACGCACCCAUUCCCUACUCCACGAAUUCUUUCCUGCCCAAAUCCUGAGUCUGAACCCCUUUCUCAUCCGCUUCACACUUGAAUGUUAUGGCCGACCUCAGUGAUCAGAUUGCCGAGAUGCCGGCACAUUUCGGCAAGUAAAUUACCCAAUUCUCGGUAAUCCGUUCACCGAGACCGAUUUCAGAAUUUAAGCGUGAAACCCACGUUAUUUUUUGCUCAAACGUUCAUUAGCCGUAAGAAGUACUACAUAUAAGCGAUAUCGACCCUUUCUAAUUGUAAUCAACGACGACUGGUGCGACCUCUGUGUCCAAAAUGUGGCGGUCGCACACCCCUAAUUCCGUAGCUGUGUAAAUUGUAAGCUCUCAACCCGCACUCCCUAGUGACCUAAAAGAUAUCCACACUAAGAAAAAUGGAAUCUGCAGGCCUUUCCUUCGGAGACAGCCUUCAGAACCUGUGUAUUAUAUUAGCGGAAGAUGGUGAAAGUGUGAGUUUAUUGUAUUAGAAUAUAUAUUAGAAGUGAAUGAAAGCGUACUAAUUAUAUCAUGUGUGAGCGUGACUGUUGAUGAAUGAGAUCUGAUUACUAUUUUUGGAAACGUUUAUUAUCUAUAUAUUUUUUCAUACGAUAACUAAUGUUCGCGCCCUCAUCUAACUUAAUCUUUAUAAAAUAUAUGUAAAGCUAAAUAUUAAUUGGUUGACCACGUGAACAACCAGAGAAAAAGAGUGUUAUUUAAUUAUAUCUGGUAGUACGUCGUGGAGGAUGAGGAAAAUGAAAACAAUGCGUUUGGAAAGUAGGUAAAUCGACGAAGGAACUUAUAGUGAAAAGUGAACGAUGAUAACCCGGAAGCCACUUUUAUAGAAUAAAAAUCAAACAUACCAUCCAAGGGAAACUUUUGAUUGUGUACUGGGAGUAGUUAGGUGUUCGUUCUUGCUGCACGAUCCAAGGCGAACACGAGUGGACAAAUCAAGUGGGUUGGAGAAAGCUGUGCCGCCUUCUACUGAUUAGGUGCAUAAACAAUAUCUGAGGGACCUAUCUUGGGUAAAAACUAGAGCAAUAUACAACAGACUAAUUUAAAACUGAGGCCAAUAAAUUUUGUACGAAAAUA